UUAAGGAAAGUUGGUCUUGUUAAGGAAAGUUCCUAACGGUUAUGGGCUGUCGUAGGGGACUAGAUGGCAGAAAGAGGGGACAACGUCUUGUCAGCAAACAUCAACACUUACAGCUUAAAAUUCUUGGAAUGCCAGAGACGUAUGGAAACAUCCCCGAGGAAAGAUUCCAAGUAGGACACAACUAAUGAAGUUUAAAUCGCCGGCGUCACGGUUUCUUGUGUGAGGUCUAAAGUGCUUGUUACAACCGCUUAAACGUGUUUUAAUCCAAAAUGGAACGUGUUUGAAAUGACAGUCGGUACAGUGAGCAGAAAGCAUAAUUACAUGUUUUCAUUAUUUACCUUUAAAGAUGAUUUACUUACACAGCGGACUGCGCGUUGUCGGGCAAACUUUCUCUCCCAUUCACUUUUUGGUUGCAACUGGAGUAUUGGCUAUCCUUGACAAGAGUAAAACGUUUGGAUUUAAACAAGAGGCAGAGAGCUUUCUACAGGAGCUGCCCCACUAUGAAGUCGUUCAUCCAUCCAGAGUGGACGCCAAAGGUCACUUCCUGUCCAACUUCGUGUCCCACCGGGUCAGCCGGUUACGGCGGAGGGAAACCCAGGACGACCCAGGAAGCUUGGCGAGGGUGUUCUACCAGUUACAGCAUGGUGACCAUCAUCUGCUCUUCAACCUCACGCUCAACCCACAGCUGCUGGCCCCCGGCUUCCUGAUCGAGAGGAGGUACGGUGGCCUAGAAGGAGCCAAAAUAAGCAACCGUGGCUCCUCACUGUGCCAUUUUAUCGGAGAGGUGUGGGACAGGGCCACCGUGAAGGGGAGAGCAGCUAUAAGUACCUGUGCCGGCCUGACAGGGCUGUUUAGGCUGUCCGAGGAGGAGUUCUUUAUCCAGCCAUUGGAGCAGCCUAGUGAUGAGUCUUCAGCAUCUCAAGCCCAUGUUAUCUACAAGCGGCAUACCCGCUCCACUCAAAGUCAGUUAGUACAGUCCAUCUCUGGAGUCCCUAACACCAACAGCACCUGUGGGGUCAAAGGUCCAGCUGCUGCGCUGGAGCGAGUAGAGAGGCAACGAGAGCGCUGGGAGAGACGCCAGCGGAAGAAGAGGAGGAUACGCCAGCGUUCCGUCAGUAGAGAGAAGUGGGUGGAGACUCUGGUGGUGGCUGAUUCCAAGAUGGUGGAGUACCACGGAAGCAGUGGGGUGGAGAGCUAUGUGCUGGCUGUCAUGAACAUUGUAUCAGGGUUGUUUCGUGAUGCCAGCAUUGGGAACCCCAUCAACAUUGUGGUUGUUCGUCUCAUCCUGUUGGAGAAGGAAGAGGAGGACCUGAAGAUCAGCCACCAUGCCGACAACAGCCUGAACAGCUUCUGUAAGUGGCAGAAACGUCUCAACGUGAAGGGAGAGGAGAAUGCAGUGCACCACGACGUGGCCGUCCUCAUCACCAGAAAGGACAUCUGUGCUGCCAUCAACAAGCCGUGUGAGACCCUGGGCUUGUCCCACGUGGCCGGCAUGUGUCAGCCUCACCGUAGCUGUAGCAUCAGUGAGGACACGGGCCUCCCGCUGGCCUUCACUAUCGCACAUGAGCUUGGCCACAACUUUGGGAUUCAACAUGACGGCAACGGCAAUGACUGUGAGCCGAUUGGGAAAAGACCUUUCGUCAUGUCUCCACAGCUCCUGUACGGCAACGCCAGACCCAGCUGGUCCCGCUGCAGCCGGCAGUACAUCACCCGCUUCCUUGAUCGAGGCUGGGGCUGGUGCCUGGAUGACCCCCCCUUGAGCGACGUAAAGGAUCUGAAUUCGGUGCCUCCCGGGGUCCUGUACAGUGCCGCCCACCAGUGCCGUCUGCAGUAUGGCUCUGGAUCUCUGCUCUGCGACGACGUGGACAACGUGUGCAGUACAUUGUGGUGCACCGUGGGAGUAACCUGCCACUCCAAGCUUGACGGAGCGGUGGACGGGACGCGGUGCGGUGAGGACAAGUGGUGCUUUGACGGGGAGUGUGUGGCGGUGGGCUACCGGCCCGAGAGCGUCAACGGGGGCUGGGCGGCGUGGAGCGAGUGGUCGGCCUGUUCCAGGACCUGCGGGGGCGGGGUUCAGAACGCCCACAGGGACUGCGUGAACCCGGUUCCCAAGUACGGGGGGAAGUAUUGCACGGGGGAGCGAAGGCGUUACAAGAUUUGUAACAGCAGCCCCUGCCCGCUCGGCCAGCCCUCCUUCAGACACGUCCAGUGCAACCACUUCAACACCAUGCCAUACAAAGGCAAGUUCUACAAGUGGGUGCAGGUCAACAACAGAGUGAACCCUUGUGAGUUGCACUGUCGUCCUGUGAACGAAUACUUCUCGGAGAAGAUGCUGGACGCCGCCAUCGAUGGGACCCAGUGUUAUGAGGGCAGCACAAGCCGUGACAUGUGCAUUAAUGGCAUCUGCAAGAACGUGGGGUGUGACUACAAGAUUGACUCCAAUGCGGUGGAGGAUCGCUGUGGAGUUUGCCAUGGCAACGGAUCAACUUGUGAGACUGUGAAAAAGACCUUUGAGGAGAGCGAAGGGCUUGGCUAUGUAGACAUUGGUCUAAUCCCGGAGGGUGCGCGAGACAUCCGCAUUGAGGAGGUGGCCGAAGCUGGGAAUUUCUUGGCGCUCCGAAGUGAUGACCCCGACAAGUACUUCCUGAACGGCGGCUGGACCAUCCAAUGGAAUGGCGAGUACAAGGCAGCAGGGACCGUAUUCACCUAUGAGAGGACGGGCCACCUAGAGAACCUGACCUCCCCUGGACCAACCCUGGAGCCGGUGUGGAUUCAGCUACUCUUCCAGGAGACCAACCCAGGAGUGCGCUAUGAGUACACCAUCCAUAGAGAGAAUCUUCUGGACUCUGACAACAAUAUCCCCGAUUUCUUUUGGAAGUAUGGCUCAUGGACUGAGUGCAGUUCCACCUGCGGAACAGGUGUCCAGCGUCAGAUAGUUCACUGUGUGGAGAGGACCUCUGGUAUAGUGGAGGAUCGAUACUGUGACCCCACGACCCGUCCUGACGAUAAACGAGCCAACUGCAACGAGGAGCUCUGCCCGGCCAUCUGGUGGGUGGGCGAGUGGCAGAAAUGCUCGGCCACCUGCGGCGAACAGGGCCUGGCCAAGCGGACGGUGCUGUGCAUCCAGGCCGUGGGUCUGGAGGAGAAAAGAGCCCUGCAGCCCUCAGAAUGUCACCACAUGCCCAGGCCUGACUCAGUAACAGCCUGUAACACGCACAUCCCCUGUCCCGCGGACUGGUCCGCAGGGAACUGGUCAGAGUGCUCGCUGACAUGUGGUGGUGGCGUGCGUAGCCGAGAGGUCGUCUGUUCUAGAAACACAGGGGUGGACUGUGACCCUCGAAAGAAGCCCAGUGUCCUCAUUGCUUGCUAUCUCAAGGAUUGUCCACAGAUCAUCGAUAUCGGUAACAAUGACUGGUCUGGCAGUGGAUCAUCCAGCAUAAACUCCAUACCAGAAGCCAAUCCUGUGCCAAAACACAGUACAACUAGAGGUCAGCCCAAGGCCAACAAUGGGAAUAACAUUAUCCCCCAACGAAAUGACAUUGAAAAGACCCCUGACAAGUCAGCCAAAAACAAUGUACCUGUGGACGAUUUUUACUACGACUACAACUUCAUCAAAUUCCACGAAGACAUUUCGUAUGACUUUGACUUGGGGAGCAAUGGUAAAGACUUGGGGGAUGCCCCUGGUUUAGUUCCUCAACAAAAGCCUAAGAUCGACUCUAGUGCUGAAGAAAAUGUUUACAGAGACCCUACAACCUACCUUCCUACAACAGUCUCACCCAGUUCUACAGCUUCUCAAACGACUCCUCGCAGGACGGAAAAUAAGGGCCCUCAGGAGCCAAGCCGGGACAACGCAGAGGGCAAUUUGGAGGUUGAUAGCAAGUUACCGACGGAGAAAGUAAAGGAAAUAAACGGUUGGGAGGAGGAGCCUUUCUUAUCUGAAGACUAUUUUCUGCCCGUUUCUACCACACGAUCGCCACCACAAUCACCACCUAGGUAUUCACAAAGACAGACUGAAACCAACAGUAAGACUGAUUGGCCUCAAAACCUCACUACGGCAUCCAGCCUGGUUUUCACAAGCAUAGGGGCCUCAGAGAGCACAGAUGGACUCCUGAAUGAAAAAAAUAGUAAUAAUAUCACAGACUUUUAUGGCCAAUCUGAUGAUGAAGAAGGCUAUGACAAAAACAUUGAUGUGAGUAUUGAUUACAUUACUGUUUCCCCUGUCAGUAACACCUAUGAAAAUGGCACAGUGCCCAAAACAACUGUAGAGGAAGAGAAAGAAUUACUGUCCGAUUUGGAUUACAGUUUCGACCAGCAGACAACAACAACUGGCUCCCAAGCAGAAAUGGAGAGCCUGGUUCCUCCCUUGGAAUCACCUUCGCUAGGCACUGUUUUAGACUAUAAAAUAUACCAGGACAGAAUUUUCACCAUGACACUGGCCCAACCGGAUGAGGCUCAGACACCGACUACAACCCUGUCGCUGCCUUUCGAACCACCCGCCUCGGACUCCACUGAGGAUUACAAUGGAUACUUCCCAGGUGAACCGGACUUCGAUCAGCAGGAUUUAGAAAAUGAAUCCACCUCCGAUAGCAAGGCCGAUUUGCUGGUCACCGGCCGUGACUUGACGGAAGCCUCAAAGCCUGUCACUCAGGAGCCACGCCUUUCACCUUCCCCGCAUACAGCCUUUGGCCGUACAAUCUCAGAAAACAAGGGGAACAUCAAACAUAAUUCGGCCACAACCGGAAGUGAAUCCAUACCUCCUACUCACCCGGAAGUCGUCCCUCGGUCUCGACCUCCGUCCAUUCCAACAGAGACAGAACCGGCGACGGACGAGCAAGGGACGGACUUCCCUACACAGUCCAGCACUACUGGAGGACGUCAAUCCGAAGGGGCGUCAGUUAGGCCCCCGGCUCCCCCCCGAAACCGGUGGUUGGAGAUUGACUACAACGAGAUCCUCGUCCCCCCUAUGCUGAGGUCCAGGGGCACCGUUUCUUCCCUCACACACCAACCUCCAAUGGGUGCCACCCCGACCACACCCCGAGAUGUCAAGCGAUCCAUGCCCUCGACUCUGUCUCCCGGGCCAACCACUCUGCCAGCCCGUUCCCCCACCACACCCUUGUCGGCCCCUGAGCUAACCCCAUUGCCCAGCCCAGUGGUCACAGCUGCCUUCUGGAGAGCCGGCGACUGGAGCGCAUGCUCUACCAGCUGUGGUCUGGGGGCCAUCUGGAGGCUGGUGACCUGCAGUACGGGGCUGGAUACUGACUGUGGCCUGGCUGAAAGGCCUGUGCCAGCCCGGCGUUGCUACCUCCGCCCCUGCUCCUUGUGGAGGCUAGGCAACUGGACCAAGUGUUCCAAGAACUGCGGUAGUGGGGUGACUUCACGUGAGAUUCAGUGCUUCGACACCAGGGACCAGAGACCUUUGCGGCCCUUCCACUGCCAAAUCAUGUCCACCCGGCCGGUGGCCCAGAUGCCCUGCAACACCCAGCCCUGCCUCACGUGGUACUCCUCCUCCUGGGGACAGUGCUCUGAGGUGUGCGGGGGAGGGGAGCAGCAGCGUUUGGUAACCUGUCCAGAAGAGAACCGCUGUGACGAGGACUUUGUGCCCAGCAACAUUCAGGCCUGUAAUAGCCAACCCUGUGCCCAAUGGGUCACUGGCUCCUGGGGUCCGUGCUCCGCAUCCUGUGGUGGUGGCGUGCAGCGGCGGCUGGUGAAGUGUGUGAACACCAAGGUCGAGAACGAGGAGGAGCAUGCUCAGUGUGACCACGAGCCCUGGCCAGAAAACACCCAGAAGUGUAACUUGCAGGACUGUGACAGCAUCCCCGCUGGUCUCACCUGUCUUCGUGACCGUCUCACGUUCCGUUUCUGUCAGACCCUCCGCUGGCUUGGCCGAUGCCAUCUGCCCACGGUCCAGGCUCAGUGCUGCAAGACCUGUGGCCAGCGUUCCCGUGGCGAUGAGAGCAGUACUCGACGCUGAGGUCCAGCGAUCCCGAUAGGGUGGAGCCAUUCGCCCAGACCCAGUCGCAAAACACUCUGACACUCACACGAACUCUCUCUCACACACACCUACAUGUACACAAACAUGCAUCUUGAGCUGGAUACAGACACGCUAAAACAAAGGCGCUAAUUAUACAUUUUUAACCCCAAUUACUUUGGUCUCCCGACUGCUGGUUUAGGGCUUCCUCAGUGCGAUUGGAAUUAUGUCACAUGCUGAUGGUAGGAAAACAUGACCUGUUGUUUUUGUUUGGAGCCAAUGGGAUACUCCCUGAAGUGCACACCCAGGUUAUAUCACGCUCCGCUGAACGAUGAAUUUAUCACGUAGUAGUACGGGACCACAUGACACGACAGAAGAUUCCUCCAAACUGUAAUAAGAAGAAGCAGGAUUUUCGGUUUGAACCGUUAAGAUCUUUGCACUUUGUCAGUUGAAUCCAUGGGUUAUUCUGUUCUGAUUGGGAACACAGGGUCAUAGUCAGGUGAUUGGUUCCGCCCAGAACAAGUGGACUGGACCAACAUACUCAUUUAGUGGGCAGUUGUUACACAUUUGUUAUAAUUACCAGACCACCCCGUAACUCUUACAAUGCUUUCUAUUGAGUAUAGACUUAAACCCACUCAACUUAGCUAAGAUUCGUCUAGUAGGAACAAACUACCUUUAUGUUAAAUAUUUGUUUCAUUGCACUAUACAUAUAUCUGUCUAGUGAGCUCAUUUGACUCAUUUCACAUUACCAGAUACUCUGAGGGUUUUUGUUUAGGGUUGUCUUUAUGCAUACAUGAACAAAUAUUUCUAAACAGCUGAUACUUGCAAUAUCUGGCACAGCAUUUGAUUAAUUGCGUUAAAUCCUAGCUCAAGGUCUCUAAUGGCAUAGCAGUAAAGUCACCACUUUGCUCCUUAGCUGUGCUAUUGUGACCAGGAGUUCAAAUCCCAGUAGCAGAAAUCAACAAGUGCCACUUAGAGGAGUGUAUAGAUUGGUCGAGCACCAACCGCGGUCAUCGGUUUCUCUGCAACUUCUGGUGCAACUCUACUUCAGACGAUUACAGUGAACAUUAGUUCAAAUGUUCAAUGUUAAUGUAACAAAAAAAGUUCAAUCUUGAAGUGCAUACUGUAAUAUUUUGCAGUCAACGUGUGCCAAUUUUGUCUCACUUCCUAGUUGAAAGGUCACCAUCAGACAUUUAUACAUGACAUUACCGUGGAAGAUCGUACCUGACACCAUACACAAAAAAAAAA